GUUUGGACCAUGAUAGAUCCUUAGUGUUGUGGACAUCGAGGAACUUGAAGCUCUUGACCCGCUCCACUACAGCCCCAUCGAUGUGAAUGGGGGCGUGCUCGGCCCUCAGUUUCCUGUAGUCCACGAUCAGCUGCUUUUUUUUGCUGACAUUGAGGGAGAGGUUGUUGUCCUGGUUCUGAGCAAAAAAAAUGACAUGAAUAGACAUGGGACUUUUAUUUUGAAUUUUCUGUGUUGCCACUAUUACUGCUCCUCUCGUUUGUAUCAUCACAGGAAUUAGCAACACGGAGGCUAGCUAGCUGUCUACAACUGUUUAAACAGCUGAUAUGAGUUUCCUGGGUGGUUUAUUUGGUCCUGUGUGUGAAAUUGAUGUCCUACUCAGUGAUGCAGAGACUAGGAAGACAGCAGAACUCAAGACCGAGGAUGGGAAAGUGGAGAAGAACUAUUUGUUUUAUGACGGAGAAUCGGUCUCUGGGAAGGUGAAUCUCAAUGUGAGGCAGACAGGCAAGAGACUAGAACACCAAGGGAUUCGAAUUGAGUUUGUUGGGCAGAUUGAGCUUUUCAGUGAUAAAAGCAACACGCAUGAAUUUGUGAACCUGGUAAAGGAGCUUGCCCUGCCAGGGGAGUUGACUCAGAAUCGAAGCUACGACUUUGAGUUCAUGCAGGUGGAGAAGCCAUAUGAGUCUUACGUUGGCGCCAACGUCCGACUGAGAUAUUUCCUCAAAGUGACAAUAGUGAGGAGACUGUCUGAUCUGGUGAAAGAGUAUGACCUCAUUGUCCAUCAGCUGGCCACUUACCCUGAUGUGAACAAUUCCAUCAAGAUGGAAGUUGGCAUUGAAGACUGUCUACAUAUAGAGUUUGAAUACAACAAGUCCAAAUACCACUUGAAAGAUGUCAUUGUGGGUAAAAUCUACUUCCUUCUUGUGAGAAUCAAAAUCCAGCACAUGGAACUUCAGUUGAUCAAGAAGGAGAUGACUGGAAUAGGUCCUAGCACAACUACUGAGACGGAGACUGUUGCCAAGUAUGAGAUUAUGGACGGAGCCCCUGUGAAAGGAGAGUCUAUUCCCAUCCGUCUGUUUUUGGCUGGCUACGACCUCACAGCCACCAUGAGGGACGUCAACAAGAAGUUCUCUGUGCGGUACUUCCUCAACCUGGUGCUGGUGGAUGAGGAGGACAGGAGAUACUUCAAACAACAGGAGAUUGUUCUGUGGAGGAAAGCUCCUGAGAAAAUAAGGAAACGGAACUUCCACCAACGCUAUGAGUCUCCUGAGCCACGGCCGACCCUUACUGCUGAGCAACCCGAAAUGUGAAGACCACUGGAAACAGAAAAUGCUGAGAAUGAUUCUGAUUAUGCUUAAAGCAAACAAGGAGAGGGGGGCGCAUCUCGACACAUGCAAGGUGAAAAUAAAGCGUCAGACAGCCAUUUAAUACAACUACCUUCUGCAAGGUUACAGUCUCUUACUGCUACACCUGAAUGGGCUGGGUCUACUCUGCUGGCCGCAGCAAGCACUCUUGUUAGCUUACUGUAUGGACUCGUUUGUUUGACACACAAUAGAAAGCACUGGAAUGGGAGCUACCAUUUCUUUUAUAUUGCAAAAUAUGCAUUUGGUUAGGCUCAACACUGGGGACAUGACGUACAAUCAUACACUACUAGAUAUUUCAAAGGACGUUCCAGUGCAUGUAGGCAGGUGAAAUUGAAUAUGAUGGGUUAAUGUUGAGUUCAGCGAUGGCUGUAAGGUCAAGCUGUAAGACAAUAGGCAUGCUUUGAGCUCAAAGGGUGCCAUAUUCAUAAUUCACUGAAAUACAGUGAGCUUCAAAAGUAUUGGGACAGUGACAUUAUUGUUGUUGUUUUGGCUCUGUAUUCCAGCACUUUGGAAUUGAAAUGAUACAGUGACUGUGAAGUUAGUGCAGGCUGUCAGUUUUAAUUUGAGGGUAUUUUCAUCCAUAGCAGGGGAACCGUUUAGAAAUUACAACACUUUUUGUACUUAUGUGUAUUAAAGUAGUUAAGUUUAGUAUUUUGUCCCUUAUUCUUAGCAGAUUAUUUUGUUCCCAAUAGAAAUUAAUGGUAAAUAAUGUGUUGUAUUAUUUUGGAGUCACUUUUAUUGUAAAUAAGAACAUAGUGUUUCUAAACACUUCUACAUUAAUGUAGAUGCUACCAUGAUUACGGAUAGUCCUUGAAUGAAUCGUGAAUAAUGAUGAAUGAGACAGAGACACAUCUUACCCCCCACAAAAAAAUGCAAAGAGGUUAGCAUGUCUUGGGGGUAUGAUUUGUGCGUCUAACUCUCAUUCAUAAUUUUUUUAAUUUUUCGAUUCAUUCAGGACUAUCCGUAAACAUGGUAGCAUCCACAUUCAUGUAGUGUUCAGAAACAUUCUAUUCUUAUUUACAAUAAGAGUGACAACAAAAUGGCACAAUACAUGAUUUGCCAUUCAUUUCUAUUGGGUACAAAAUCUGAAACGCAAUGUAAUCAUUGCGUGCUAGGAAUAUGGGACCAAAUACUAAACUUUUGACUACUUUAAUACAUAAGUGAAUUUGGCCCAAUACUUUGUGCCCCCAUUUUAUGGCCCCAUGUACAAAAAGUGCUGUACUUUCUAAACGGUUCACCCGAUAUGACUAAAAAUACCCUCAAAUUAAAACACUAACCUCAUAGUCAUUGUAUAAUUUCAGAUCCAAAGUGAUGGAGUACAGAGCCAAAACAACAGUGUGUCACUGUCCCAAUACUUUUGGAGCUCACUGUAUGUAAAAUAUUUCUAUCUCCUAAGUUAUUUAGUGUAGAACCUGUAGUUUUGUUCUUUAAAAAAAAUCACUUCACUUUUUCUCGUAUUUUGUGCUUUUCUUUUUCGAAAUACAAAUAUACUGUAUAUUAAUAAAUGCUUUUGCUAGUGGCAUUGGAUUGAGGCACUACAAAAUGCUGUUUAAAUAAAAUGAUUUUGAUCAACGGUUAGGUCCUACAUGUAUAUCUGUAUGUCAUGUUCGAUGAUGGUUGAAUGGGUACUUACAUUUAUUUUGGUUUUGUUUAUAUUUAGAGAAGUGCCACUUUACAUAAUUUCCAUAAGGAUACAUAUUUAAGCUCAGAUGGGGCUGUGCUACAAUUACGUAACAAUGUUGUUAUGUCUUCAUUUCUGAAUACUAUACAGGCAAUAUUUAUUUAUUUUUUAGUUAAGUGCCUGUAAGGUCAUGAAGAAACUUAUGCCAAAUACUGGCCUGACUCUCACCAUUGCAUGUUCACCACAUUUUAUACUGUGUUCAAUAUGUAUCUGACUUGUGUGGACGUUGAACGUUUGUAUAUGUCUAGCCUCAGUCUAUAUCAUCAAUUAAAAGAAAUGCAAAUUUACACUUA